GCAGUGUAGGGCUUUGUUUUCUAUUAUUCGAGGCAGGGAAAGUUUCAAAAUGGAGACGAACCCAGACGAAAUGAAAAAGAGUGGCUCUCGCUUUCAAGUAGCGAGGGUUGAAACGAAGGAAGAGCAAGUGCGAGAGAGUCAAAAUGAAAAUGAAGCAGCCGAUCAACAAAAUAAUAAGCGACGACGCAAGUCAGAAGAUUUGAGGAAGAAGUCAGUGGAUUUACCGAGAAUUGAUACAAAUAUCCCCGACUCUGGUUCAGAUGGAAAACACAGUAAUGGGCCAGAAUCUCCCAGUGCUACAUUUUCUCUCAGUGGUGAUUCAAUUCGGAGCAGAAGUUCCAUUGAUGGAUAUAAUAAAACUAACUGUGUUAUGAAUACAGUUGAAGCUUUGCCAUGUGUGGAUCAUUACAGGAAUAUUUUUUCAGCAACUGGAGGUGGGAAUUUACGAGCCAGACCAACACUCGCUGAGCUUCAUGAAGAAAUGG